AUGCGCUUCGCAAUUCUCGCUCUCGUCUUAGUUAUAUGUGCCUUGCUUGAAGCAAGACACUACCGCGUUGGUAUUAAACCUGCAAUCAACAGAAUUUCUUUACGUCGCAAUGUACCUCUUCGAGAAUACCUUGCCAAGAGUGGCGGACUUGAAGACUACUUGUUGAUCCAAUCUCUCCGUAGAACUGCUCUGCUGAAGAAGUACAACGCUGGAGAUGUCCCUAAUGAUACUGAAAUUGAUGAACUUCUUCAUAACUACAUGGAUGCCCAAUACUAUGGAGAAAUUUCGAUCGGAACCCCACCUCAAAACUUCACCGUCAUCUUCGAUACUGGUUCUUCUAAUCUCUGGAUUCCUUCACGAAAAUGCUCAUGGCUUGAUAUUGCUUGCCUCUUACAUCAUCGUUAUGAUUCUGACGCAUCUCUUUCCUAUACUCCUGAUGGAAGAAAAAUGGCAAUUCAAUAUGGAACUGGCUCAAUGAAAGGAUUCAUUUCCAUUGACACCGUUUGCGUUGCUGGAAUCUGCGCUCAAAAUCAAUCUUUCGCCGAAGCAACUAACCAACCAGGCCUAACCUUCUUGUUUGCCAAAUUUGAUGGAAUUCUCGGAAUGGCCUAUCCCGAAAUUGCCGUUUUGGGAGUGGAACCAGUUUUCAACACGCUAUUCGAUCAGAAGAAAGUUUCUCAGAAUUUGUUUGCUUUCUGGCUCAACAGAGAUACUUCAUCUGAUAUUGGUGGUGAAAUUACUUUCGGCGGACUUGAUACCCGUCAUUUCGAACCGCCAAUCACUUACAGCCCUGUUAUCAGAAAAGGAUAUUGGGAAAUCAAAAUGGAUGCUGUUAGUGGAGGUGGUAAUGUUAUUGCUUGCAAUAAUGGAUGCUCUGCCAUUGCUGACACCGGAACUUCUUUGAUUGCUGGACCAAAGGCUCAAGUUGAAGCCAUUCAGAAGUUUAUCGGUGCUGAACCAAUGAUGAAAGGAGAGUACAUGAUUCCAUGUGACAAAGUUCCAUCUCUACCAGACUUGACUUUCACUAUUGGAGGAACUAACUUCACUUUGGCUGGACAUGAAUACGUUAUGAAGGUUGGAGCUGCUGGAAAAGAAAUAUGCUUGUCAGGAUUCAUUGGAAUGGACUUCCCUAAGACUGUUGGAGAUCUAUGGAUUCUUGGAGAUAUUUUCAUUGGAAGAUAUUACACUGUUUUUGACUUCGGAAGAAACCGUGUUGGAUUUGCUGAGUCUAGAACAACAAAGAGCUCUUCAACCCGCAAACCAGUUUUCUUCAGAAAAGAAAUCACCAAGAAAGACUUUGAGAACUCUGAUGAAAAUCUUUUUUAA